GGACUCUAAUAGCUCGUUUUUCAGUUUGGUUGGGGUGGACACUCAGCAGAAUAAAAGGGUUUGGUUACUCUAAACAGUUCAGAGAUGAGCUGCUGGAAACUGCUUGGCUGCAUCAGAAACUAGAUACAUAAAAAAACAAGCCAAGAAAAACAAAACUUCACGCUCCACUGCCGACUGGCUUGAAGAGCAUCAGCAGUGGAGAACUAUGACAAUACAGCAAGUCCUAUUACUUCUGCUGCUGUGGAUGUGGCUGCCACAUCCCUGCCAUACAGAAAUGCUCUUCAGAAGGACUCCUGAUCUCAGACCCAAAAGCUUUGGAGGACGUGCUUUAGGGAAUGAUGGGAAAGCAAUUCACCGCCAGAAGCGAGGCUGGAUGUGGAAUCAGUUUUUUCUUUUAGAGGAAUAUACAGGAUCUGAUUAUCAGUAUGUAGGCAAGCUUCAUUCUGACCAGGAUAAGGGAGAUGGAUCCCUCAAAUACAUUUUGUCAGGAGAUGGGGCUGGUACUCUUUUUAUAAUUGAUGAGAAAACAGGAGAUAUUCAUGCAACUCGGAGAAUUGACAGGGAAGAAAAAGCCUUUUACACCCUGCGUGCACAAGCUAUCAAUAGAAGAACAUUGAGACCAGUGGAACCUGAAUCUGAGUUUGUCAUCAAAAUCCAUGACAUCAAUGACAAUGAACCAACAUUUCCAGAAGAAGUUUACACUGCUAGUGUUCCUGAAAUGUCAGUAGUAGGUACUUCUGUGGUCCAAGUUACAGCUACUGAUGCCGAUGAUCCUUCAUAUGGAAACAGUGCCAGAAUAAUUUACAGCAUACUUCAAGGGCAGCCAUAUUUCUCUGUGGAACCAGAAACAGGCAUCAUCAGGACCGCGUUGCCGAACAUGAACAGAGAAAACAGGGAGCAAUACCAAGUAGUUAUCCAGGCAAAGGACAUGGGAGGCCAGAUGGGUGGAUUAUCAGGGACCACCACUGUGAACAUCACACUGACUGAUGUCAAUGACAAUCCACCUCGCUUCCCCCAGAGUACCAUCCAUCUCCGCAUUCCUGAGUCCUCCCCAGUUGGGACAGCCAUUGGCAGCGUUAAAGCCACAGAUGCGGACACUGGAAAAAAUGCAGAAGUAGAGUACAGGAUUAUAGAUGGUGAUGGGACCGAUAUGUUUGAUAUUGUGACACAGAAGGACACACAGGAAGGCAUCAUCACUGUGCGAAAGCCACUGGACUAUGAGACAAGACGACUUUAUACUUUGAAAGUAGAAGCUGAAAAUACCCAUGUGGAUCCCCGUUUCUAUUACCUUGGGCCUUUCAAAGACACAAUUAUUGUGAAAAUCUCUGUAGAAGAUGUAGAUGAACCUCCUGUUUUUAGCAGGUCUUCUUACCUUUUUGAGGUGCAUGAAGAUAUUGAGUUGGGGACAAUAAUAGGAACAGUAAUGGCACGAGAUCCUGAUUCUGCUUCAAGUCCAAUAAGAUUUUCUCUGGAUCGUCACACUGACCUUGACAGGAUAUUUAACAUUCAUUCUGGAAACGGGUCCAUCUAUACUUCUAAGCCACUUGACCGUGAGAUAUCCCAAUGGCACAAUCUUAGUGUUAUAGCAGCUGAGAUUAACAACCCCAAAGAUACUACUCGUGUUCCUGUCUAUGUAAGAAUAUUGGAUGUUAAUGACAAUGCCCCACAGUUUGCUGUAUUCUAUGACACUUUUGUCUGUGAAAAUGCAAGAGCUGGACAGCUUAUUCAAACCAUAAGUGCAAUAGACAAAGAUGACCCUCUUGGUGGACAAAAAUUUUUCUUCAGUUUAGCUGCCGUUAACCCUAACUUCACUGUUCAGGAUAAUGAAGAUAACACUGCCAGGAUUUUGACGAGAAGGAAUGGCUUUAGUCGACAUGAAAUAAGUACUUACCUUCUCCCAGUGGUGAUCUCAGACAACGACUACCCGAUCCAGAGCAGCACGGGCACGCUGACCAUCCGGGUGUGUGCCUGUGACAGCCGGGGGAACAUGCAGUCCUGCAGUGCUGAGGCCUUGCUGCUCCCUGCCGGCCUCAGCACAGGGGCACUGGUGGCCAUUCUCCUCUGCAUCAUUAUCCUGCUAGUUAUAGUGGUGCUAUUUGCUGCUCUGAAGAGGCAACGAAAGAAGGAGCCUUUGAUCCUUUCUAAAGAGGACAUCAGAGACAACAUUGUGAGUUACAAUGACGAAGGUGGUGGAGAGGAAGACACCCAAGCCUUUGAUAUUGGCACACUGAGGAAUCCUGCAGCUAUCGAAGAUAAGAAGCUUCGGCGAGACAUUAUCCCUGAAACGUUAUUUGUGCCACGGAGGACUCCUUCGGCGCCAGACAACACGGAUGUCCGAGAUUUCAUUAACCAAAGGCUAAAAGAGCACGACACUGAUCCCUCUGCGCCGCCGUAUGACUCGCUUGCAACUUAUGCCUAUGAAGGAAACGAUUCCAUAGCUGAAUCCUUGAGCUCCUUGGAGUCAGGUUACAGAAGUUUUGUACUAGACAAGCACUGAAGACAAUUUUGAAAUGCUGCUGAGAUUAAAUAAUUUCAGAGCCAAAGCAGUAUGUUAAAAGCGUCAAGUACAUCCUGUUACAAACCACACAAAAAAUGCCUUAACACUGUUAAAAUGAAUGCCAGUAGGCUUCAUUGAAGAUGCCUAAAACCAGAAUUGAGAGUAAGUUUGAAGACCUGAAGAACUGAAAAAUGGAAGAAAUCUUUCUCAAAUUUUUGAUGUAAGGAAAAACAAAUCAACCUACAGAGCUUACAAGAAUCUGCUCAGUUAAGAUUCAGCUUUGUAGCUAUUUGUCAAGUCUGUCCAUUUCAACGAAAACAAAAUAUUUCUGUGAUUGAAUCCCUUACUUUAAUUAACAUAAGUAAAAGCAAUAGCAAUCAACAUUCAUAUGUGCAGCUAAAAUCUCUUUAAGCCCACUGAAAAUAACUACUCGUGGCCACUGUCAGCUAUUUAUAUAUAUCUAAGCCAUUUAAUGCACAAUUAUCUUACAUAAGAUAUUAAAGGAAAAACAUUUUAUGUUUAAAAGUAAAAUGUCAGGAGAGGGGAGCAGUCUAGUUUUUUUCUAGCACCCAAAUGCUGUGAAAUGAAUUAACAGCAAUUCAUUCUGCCACUGGAAGUUGAAUAGAAAUUAAUUUUUAUUUAUAAAGUAGUGAAAGCUGAAUAAUGUUUCGGGCUUGGUAGUUUUUUUGCAGUGUUAUUGCAGGAAAAAUUAUUAAGAUAAUGUAGCAAUAAAAUAUUGUUGUAUUACUUGAAAAAAUGGCCAAUGUUUCCUUCUAUCAUUAGUUCAGAUUUAUUUCUUCCAGUGGAUGUACCUCAAACAGGUUCAGUUCAGUUCAGAUAAGCACAAAUGAGCCAUUCACAGACUAACUGAAUAUUUUUAGGCCCUUGUCCCUGUUGGCACCUUGAUAUUCCUCUGCUGUUGUUAAAGAAAGUAGAACCCUAAAGUGAUAAGAACUUUAAUGUAAUUUCAGCAGCAGUUUGAGUUAGUCAGGACCAUUCACUUUAUGAAUUUGGAGUGUUUAAUCUCUUUCAUAAUUAUAGUGGGAUUUGUCAUGCACA